GAUCUCUCCACCCACUCUUUUCAUUCUUCGCUCUUGUAUUUUUUUCAGUGUCUUUUCAUCCCCUGUCCUCUCCACAUGCCUGCAGUGCUAUAUCUUCAUACAUGGCACUGAGAGCUUGUGCAGCUCAGAUGGGAGGUGCAUCUGCUGGGUGCUGCAUGAACGCGUGUGGCCGUGCACAGAGGUGGGUAGUGCCAAGCAAGGGAUGCUGAACGGGGGCCGUGAGGGCCUGUUCGAGCAGGGCAGGCGCUUUCAGCAGGAGGGUGACUCCAGGGCGGCUCUGCAGUGCUUCCUUAGCUGCCUACUGGGGCUGACCCAUGUGCAGAGCUUUCACUCGCUGCCAAACUGCCUGCAUCAGAUUGCUGAGCUCUUCAUCGAUGAGAAGAAUUAUGAGAAAGCACUGCAGUUCAUUCAGGCAGAGAAGAUGUUCUAUGAGGUGGCAUUGAUCGAACUCACGGCUCUACAGAGAAGCACAGGCACUCAGGAGGAAAGUACACUGGGUUCUCCAGGAUGGUUCUCCCAAGAGGAGUUAUCAGCACAGGCCUCGCAGGCCCAGGAUCUUGAAAGGCUGGCCCAGCUUUGCAUCAUGAGUAAAAGACCCCAUCUUGCUUUAGAGUACAGCGGCAAGGCCACAAAAAUACACCAACGAGCAUUUGGUAAUGAUCACCCCAUCACAGCCAGGAGCCUGGAGCUACUGGGCACUGUCUAUGCUGAGAUUGGCAAGACUGAAUACACAGACUCAUUGAGUCAGUACGUGUCAGCUAUGUCAAAAUCAUCCUCAGCCUUUGAGUCAUACAACAGUACACUCAACGGUUUCACCCUCAGUGAUAAAGACUCUGAGCACUUGCACAGAAAAGACCCACAUCUUCCAUCAGACACUUCAAAACCAAAGGUCAUCAACCGUAAGAUCCCCACCUCCAUCCUAAAGAGGACCAACGAACCAUUCUUAACUCAGAGACGGAAAACAGAGCGGCGCGUUCGUUUCAGUGAGCCAGAGAUUACUGUUCAUGACAUUCCGUACUAUGACUCUUUGGGAGGAUAUGACUCGUAUCAGAGCCGACCUCAUCUGGCCCUGCUUACAUGUCUGUUCCUGCUGCUUUCAGCAUUGGGUUUAGCUCUGUACUGCACACACCGCCGACGGCCCCAUCGCGCCUGUGAGGAACUACAGGCAGCACUCGCUGUAUAUCUGCUGCGGUUCAAACAAAUCCUGUGGGGCUGCUGGAUCUGGCUGACCAUGCAGUGAUUAGAUCAGACUACCAGUGGCAUCACUGUUCUCUAGCCAUGCUCCCAUGAAUACAGAAAGCCAAGCAAUGGCACAGCAUAGACUACUGUACAAAGCUGAGACUCAUGGUUUUAUGGAAGAACUUUGGAAUAAUGAGCACUUAACGUAAGACCCUUUAUUUGAUGGUCCCCACUGAAACUGAAAAUGCCUUCAAAAUCCACUUAUGAAAAAUAUGUAAAGAUUUGCACGCCAUCCACAGAUGGCAUUCUUAUGCCCUUUAUGAUUCAAUGCCAUAUUCUUAUUUAAACUGUAAGGUAGAUACAUUUCCAAUUUAUACUGUAUAUACAGUAUAUAUAUAUGCCCUUUGUAGCACUUUUUUUUUUUUUUUUAAUUUUUAAUAAUAUCUGUUCCCACCUAUUCAAAGAAUGCUCAUAGGAACCAUCAAACAAAAUCUUACUGUAUUAAAGCUAGAUUUAGUAUGAAGUUUUCGAUCAUUUUUUAAAUUAAUAUACUGAGUAUGUUGAAUGUCCCACAUAAUUACACAGAUGCACUUUUGCAGCUCUGCUUCUCCAUAAAUCACACACAUCUCACAGAAUAUUUUUUGUAUUUACUGCAGCUGUCCAUAUAGAAUGAUAGAAUGCAAAACUCUAUUAUUUAUUUCACUAUUAAUCCAACAUACUUUGAAUAGUUACACAUGUAAAUAGAAAAUAUUGAUAAGUAAUACAUUUUAUUGUGCAUAGUGUAUUUGAAUGUACAUAGAAUCGCUCAAUACUCAAUAUGACUCAGUUUCAAAUGAUCAGACUUCGGCAUAAUGUUAAGCACAAAUGUUUACUAAAAAAGGGAAAUAAAACUUUCACAGUGUAGCCAGCCAUAUUUUCUGCCAAGUCAGAUUUACUUCAUUAUUCAAAGGGCAUGGAAAUUUUUAUUUUACAAAAGUCCAGAGUAGUUUUGAAUUAUUCCUGUUUCUGUUGAGUUUAUUUUUGCAAGAACCAGCUGGUGUGUGUGUGCGUGUGUGUGCGUGUGUGUCUGUUUGUGUAUAAUUCUUCUAUUUAUUUUAAUAUUUUUGUAUUUUGAACUUUUUCCUUUUUUUAAUAAUUUUUAAUUGACCUCAUUCUCUGUGAUUUUAAUUAUAUCAUGUUUUAUUUUAUGUUAAAGACGAUUUUGAACCCUUUAAAAGUCAGUGGUAAACAGAUAUAAAUAGGCAUUCAGUACCAACUAUGAUCAAAUGUUCAAGCAAUAAAAUGUGCGUUCUGUGAUUGUUAAUAUACACCAAUAAUACUGAAAAAAAAAUGAAAAAUGCUGUAUUUUUAAAGGAAUUUAAGUUAAACCAGUUUAAAGAAACAGGCAAACAAUCUGUUGAGAAAUUAUUUGUAAUAAUGAAUGAAUGUUUUCAGUACAUCAGUGGUACCAGCAUUCAUAUUAUAUGGCUUAAUUGAAAUAUCCAUGUAGAUUAAUUAUUUUACAAAAAAGAUUGAUUCACAUGGCCUCAUGAUAAGGGAUUAUAGCAAAUACACACUCAAUAUUCUCAGUGUAUCUUAUGUUUGUAUGUAAAGUAUGUAUCAGAUAUAAUCCCUUUUAAUGAGUGUUUUCACUUAAAAAUUAUUUAUGUAAACAGUCUAUAAUCAUUUGUUUCCAACACUAACUAAACCUCAUCAUCACUCAUUAAUGAUCAGUCCUUUAGCAUUUUUGGUCCCUGCUACAGAUUAAUGCUGGACAUUAGAUGUGUUUCCACUCUUAUUCAUCUAGCUAAUUGUACUGUAUCAUGCUGCUUGGUGGGUGGAGCUCUGGGGCUUUACACACUAAACUAAAUGUUGAACAAAUUCAUUAGGUACUGUGAUAUGCAGAAAAUAAAACCACUGUGAGAUCAUUUGUGAGGAAAUUAAUCACUGUCUCAGUAACAUACAAUGUCUGAAAAUCAUCCUGAAGAGUAAUUACAUACAUUUGUACAUAAUUAUGCAUAAAUAGCUAAACAACAUACAGCGCAUGAUGAUUCAUUGUAUAGCACAGCUUAAUACUGUGCAUGUGUAAUGUUUGAAGAAAAUUCAAACCAAAUGGUUUGUACUUGAACUUCAGAUCUUCAAGGCAAUAUAAGACAAUGUUCAUUUAAAAGGGAACUGACUCGAGAUGAUUUGAUUCUUUAUUUGCUCUAAAGUCUCAUCAGACAGAGCACAUUCUCUCUUUAUGUUCCAGGAUUGUUUUUGUUGGGAGUUUUUCCUCUCCACUUUACAUUAGUGACACUGUAUGAGACUGCUUUUAAUAGAAGUGCCUUUUUAAGGUUCUCUCCUUUCUCUCAGUUUAAAUCACAUUGUAACAGGUCAUCAAUAAAAGCCAUCAAAUAAACAACAUUGCAACCAGA